GUGGGAGGCGCCUUGGAGCGGCCGUGGAGGUGACGUACGGCCGGCCCCUGCGCUCUGCUGCUGUCGGCUCGGACUCGGAUCCCGCUGGAGCUACUAGUCCGCUGCUAACCAACCACCAAACGCCGAGCACCUCCGGAUCUCCUCCUUCCAUGCAUCUUCCUUGGCGGCGGAACACGGCCACGAAAAUGGUGUGAGCGCGCGUCGGGUGCGAUGUAGCCGGAUGCGCAGUGGCAGUUUUGCGCGCUUACCUCUCGUGUCAUCCGGUCACAGCUUCGCGUUUUCAUCCCCGGGUGUCGUUAGCUCUGUCCGCCGUGGGUUUAGCCCGUGUGUCCCGCUGCUGGAGGAUGCUGCGGCUGUUCGGAGCGGUGCUGGUUCUCGGACUGGCGCUGGCGUUCAUCACCUCUCGGCUUUUGGAGAGCUACGAUACGGCCUGGCCCAAGCGGAGCCUCCAGCGGACCGAAGCCGGGGAUCAGCUCCGACGCAAGGGCAGCAGCUCUCCUCCGUACCCCGGCGCCGACUUGGACAAUAUCUUCUGGUUCAUUCAGAUUUCCGAUAUCCACAUCAGCCGAUUCCAUGACCCGAAAAGGAUUCCUGAUUUUGAGAAGUUCUGCACUGAGACUGUGGAUGUGAUCAAACCUGCUCUGGUGCUCGCUACAGGAGACUUGACAGAUGCAAAGACGGAGAGUAAGAUCGGCUCCCUGCAGCACGAGGUGGAGUGGCAGGCCUAUCACUCUGUUCUGAAGAGGUCCAGAGUCCUGCAGAAAACCAAGUGGAUCGACAUCAGAGGAAACCAUGAUGCCUUCAACAUCAUGUCUCUGGACAGUGUCAACAACUAUUUCCGGAAGUACUCAGCCAAUCAGAAAGUGGGUUCGUUUCACUACAUCCACAGAACUCCAUUUGGAAACUACUCUUUUGUUUGUGCGGACGCCACUCUGACCCCAGGACCCAAGAGACCGUACAACUUCUUUGGGAUCCUCAACCAGACUCAGAUGGAUCUUCUGGACUCAUUCAGACUGGAGUCCCUCAGCUCAAACCAGUCCAUCUGGUUUGGACACUACACCACCUCCACCAUCGUGUCACCCUCUCCAGGAGUACGGGAGCUCAUGAGGUCAGCCGUGGCAUAUUUGUGUGGGCACCUGCACACUCUGGGGGGUCUGAUGCCCGUGCUCCACAGCAGACACCCUCAAGGAACUCUGGAGCUGGAGCUGGGAGACUGGAUGGACAACAGACGAUACCGUGUGCUGGCCCUGGACCAUGACCUCCUCAGUUUCUCAGACCUGACCUUUGACCGGUGGCCGGCGGUCGUCAUCACAAACCCCAAAGACGCUCAGUACCUGCACCCGGGGGCGGAGCCUCUGGGGCGGAUACAAAAGUCCUCUCACAUCAGAGUCCUGGCCUUCUCAGACUCGCCGCUCUCCUCUGUCCUCGUGCAUAUAGAUGGAGUGGAGCUGGGUUUGGCGCACUCUGCUGGUGGACCUCUGUAUGUGCUGCAGUGGGACUCCUCUCUGUACCUCACUGGGGUCCACACCAUCUCUGUCACUGUUCAGGACUCCUCUGGACGGUCCUCGGUGAAGCAGCAGCUCUUCUCUCUGGAGGAGGGUCUGACUCCGAGCUUUGGCUUUGUUCAGUCGUUUAUUCUCCUCACGGAUCAUCACGUUCUGGGACGAGCUGCUUUCGCCUUCACAGUUCUGCUGAACAUCGGGGGGCUGCUGGUGUUCAGGAGGAUCAGUCUGUCCAGUGGGAGAGGUCUGUUGUCCAGAGCGUGUGCGUCGCUGCAGUUGGUCAGUCAGAUGAACAUGUUUUAUUAUUCACUGCUGCUCUUCAACCUCUGCACUGCCCUUGGUCCCUGGUUUAUUGGCGAGAUGAUUGACGGACACAGUGGGGCCUGUUUUGCGUUUGGAGUGAUCAUCGAUGGACACUUCCUGGAGGGAAGUCUCACUUAUGUGGUCGGAGUCGUACAAAUGCUCUUCUUUAACAUGCCCCUCACCUGUUACCUGUGCUGGAGUCUGCACCAUCGCUGCUGUGGUCACUGCUUCACGUCUCAUCUACGACUCUGGACCCCCUCUCGCCCCGCCCCCUCAGGCCACGCCCCCUCUAACCCUGCCCCCGUCUCCCGCUGUUUGACCGUGGCGGUGCACCUGUCCAUGCUGCUGCUCCUGUCGUGGCAGGCGCACUCGUGUUACUUCCUCCUGGAGACGUAUGGACCCAUGGCGUUCCUUUUGUCCCCGGUCCGGACGUGGGCUUUGGGGAUGGGUUUGGUCCUGGUGCACAGAGUGUGGACUUGUCCCCUCCCCGCCCUGAGGCAACACAAAGCCAACAGCGCCACCUCCUGACAGUGACCGCACACUGCAGGUUUAACUCGUGAUGUUUUGUUCUCACUGAACAAAAAGAAGCACUAGUAUUGGACUCGGGCUCUGCAGGGGGAGCUGGAUGUGGGCGCCAGAUAAUGAGAUACACAGAACAAAAAUCUCCUUAGAAGUGUUCUAAUAAUCAUUCACUCAGCCAUUCUGCACCUUAGAGAUGCCCACAAAACUCUCCCAGUGUAUUUAUAUACUAAAAUAUGAAACAUUCUAAUUAUUCACUUGAUCAGAUUUAUGAUUAGGCUUAAAGAGAUACUUUAACCUUUACAAAAUCUUACCCUUAUUUUAAAGAUGCACGGUGUAACUUUCCUGGUGGAGAGUCCGUCACCAGCUUCUCUCCAUGGAGAUGUUGUCUGGAAUGUUCCACAUUAUGGCGUCACACUUAUUUGUCUCUUUGCAAACAGCAGGUGACACCACAGGGCCCAAUGCACCAGAAUGACACUUUUUAAGUUGAUUAAAAACAGUUAAUUUUGUUGAGUAAAUGUAAGAUGUGUAUGUUUAAUGUCACACAUCUCCAUGGAGACACGCACAUGGUGGAUCCUCCAUUAGAAAAGUUACACAAUGCACCUUUAAGUCAACAGAUGGUGCAAAGGAAAGUUGUGAUGUCUAGGCCCCUGGUUUAGUCCUGGUUUAGUCCUGGUUUAGUCCUGGUUUAGUCCUGGUUUAGUCCUGGUUUAGUGCAGGUCUUGUGGGCUGUUCUUGGUCUGCAGUGGUCAGUAUCAGUCAGAGGUGGUUUAAUCCUGGUUUGUAAACCUGUCUUAGUUCUGAGUUAAACCUGGUUCGGUUUGGGUUUAUUCCUGGUGUAGUGCAGGUCUUGUGGGCUAGUCCCAGACUGCAGAGUUUUGUAUGAUCAGUGGUUUAGACCUAGAUUAAACCUUAGUCCUGGUUUAGUCCUGGCUUGGAUUUAGUUUGGUUUUGGAUUGGACUUGGUUUAGUUCUGGUUUUGUGUGCAGCAUUUUUGAGGUUGUACCACUCUGCAAGUAGUCACUAUCAGUCAGGUGGUUUAGUCCUGGUUUAGUCCUGGUUAAGUCCUGGUCUUAUCCUGAUCUUGUCCUGGUUGACACUUGGUUUAGUCCUUGUCUAAUCCUUCUCUAAUCUCGGUUUGGUCUUGGUCUAAUGUUAGUCUAGUCCUGCUCUAUUCCUGGUCUACUCCUGGUCUUCUCCUGGUCUUCUCCUGGUCUACUCCUGGUCUACUCCUGGUCUACUCCUGGUCUACUCCUGGUCUUCUCCUGGUGUUGUCCUGGUCUAGUCCUGAUCUAUCCUUCAGUUAGUCCUGGUUUGUGCAGCUCUUGUGGGGUUAUUGUGGUCUGUAUCAGUCAAAAGUGGUCUAAAUCCUAAUCUAGUCCUGGUCUAGUCCUGGUCUAGUCCUGAUCUAGUUCUGGUCUAGUCCUGGUCUAGUCCUGAUCUAGUUCUGGUCUAGUCCUGGUUUUAUAGAGUUACCCAAGAAAGGAUCAUGCUGAUUUUGAUUGUUUAUUGCUUUUUUUUUUUUUUUUUUUUUUUUUUUGUAAAUUUCGCUGGUGGUUUUGAUGUUCUGUCCGCUCCUUAUGUUUAAACCAGUUUAAAACACGCCCACAUUCAGCUCCCGGUGUGUCCGGUCUGCAGCCAGUGUCCAGACUCACAAAACAAAACUCUGUCUUUUUUUUUCUCUGGAUCAGUGUCACCGUCCAUAAACAUCCGACAGUGUGACGUCUGGUUUCCUCCGUCUGCAUGGCACCAGUGAACGACUGUGUGGGGCUGGGGACUGUUCAAACCUCUGUCCCGUCUUUAAACCACUGCACUCUCUGGGUUUUUGUCCCAUUCCUUUUCCUAAAGUGGGGGCCAUUUGUAGGACCAAGGCAAAACAGUUUAUAUUCUUUUGAAGUGUGACUCCCUAAAGCGUUCUGAUUUUGAUUGUAAAUGUGAUCACUUGAGAAUCCCUAAGUACUUCUGCUAUCAACAAUGGAUGUUAGAAUAUGUAUUUUCUGUUGGAUUUUAUUUUAUUAACUCCACAAAAUAGAUUUUACAGCUUAAAGGUGCACUACGUAACUUUUCUGGUGGAGGGUCUGUCAGCUGCUUGUCUAGUGUCAUGGGAAUAUUCUUGCUUUGUCUAGAAUGUUCCAAACUAGAGACUAAACCUAUUUAUCUAUAUAAGGAGACAUCUACAGGCCACAUUACAGGUCAGAUCUGUGGAGAUGCAGCUUUUUUCACUGAGAGUAUUAUUGUAUUUUUGAGUUCUGGUCUAGUCCUGGUUUAGUCUUGGUUUAGUCCUGGUCUAGUCCUGGUCUAGUCCUGGUUUAGUCCUGGUCUACUCCUGGUUUAGUCCUGGUCUAGUCCUGGUUUAUUCUUGGUCUAAUCCUGGUCUACUCCUGGUUUAGUCCUGGUCUAGUCCUGGUCUACUCCUGGUUUAGUCCUGGUCUAGUCCUGGUUUAGUCUUGGUCUAGUCUUGGUCUAGUCUUGGUCUAGUCCUGGUCUACUCCUGGUUUAGUCCUGGUCUACUCCUGGUCUACUCCUGGUUUAGUCCUGGUCUAGUCCUGGUCUAGUCCUGGUCUAGUCCUGGUCUACUCCUGGUCUACUCCUGGUUUAGUCCUGGUCUAGUCCUGGUCUAGUCCUGGUCUAGUCCUGGUCUAGUCCUGGUCUAAUUUUGAUCUAGUGUUGGUCUGGGACAAUAGAAACACCCAAAAUGAAUAAAUACUAGAUCCAUGUGUUUAAAGUCAUAUCAUGGAAUAUUCCAGACAAAGCAAUAACAUCUCCAUGGAGACAAGUAGGUGAUGGACCCUCCACCAGAAAAGUUGUGCAGUGCACUUUUAAAGGUAGAGUAUGUAGAUUUGAUUUCAAUAUUUCUCAGAUUUGAUGAAUAUGACCUAUAAUAAUCAAAUAUAGUGUUUACUGAUGACUAUUGUAAUGAUGAUUUAUUUUUAAAUACAAAACAUUGGAUGUGACGGUCAUGUUUCAUUUCUCUUUCCUCGCUUCCUUCUCCUUGAUUCCUCUCCUCGAUUGUGUAGGAAAUGUGAGGAAGUCGUGCCCACAGAGGGAGGAGAGAGGAUCUAAACUCCUGGCACAUGGAGGAUUGAGGAGAUGAAGCGAGGAAAGAAAACUGAGGCACGGCCGAUGUGCAAGUGAAGCUCUGGAGAUCAACUGAGAUUUGAAAACCUUUUAAAGUGGUCCGAGCACAGUCUACAUGCUCUACCUUUAAAUGAAUUUCAGCUGUCACUAACUAACACUCACUUUGGUGUUAAUGGCACUUCUGAAAAACAUAUCGCCCAACCUGGAGUUUUUCUCACAGAACCGUAUUAAAUGUGCAGCUAAUGCCAACUAUUAUUGUUCUACUCUAGAUAAUGAAGAGCCGGGAAUAAAUCAGGCCUGGUCUGGUCCUGGUCUAGUUUUGGUCUAGUCCUCUUCUAGACCUGGUUUAGUCCUGGUCUAGGCUUGGCCUCAAUUUGGCCUAAUCUUGGUCUAGUCUUGAUCUAGGCUUAGUCUAGUCGUAGUUCAGUCCUGGUUUAGUCCUGGUCUAGUCCUGGUUUAGUCCUGGUCUAGUCCUGGUCUAGUCCUGGUCUAGUCCUGAUCUAGUCCUGAUCUAGUCCUGAUCUAGUCCUGAUCUAGUCCUGAUCUAGUCCUAGUCUAGUCCUGGUCUAGUCCUACUCUAGUCCUGGCCUCGUCCUACUCUAGUCCUGGUCUCGUCCUACUCUAGUCCUGGUCUAGUCCUGGUCUUGUCCUUUUCUAGUCCUGGUCUAGUCUUGGUCUAGUCCUGGUCUAGUCCUGGUCUAGUCCUGGUCUAGUCCUGGUCUUGUCCUGGUCUUGUCCUGGUCUUGUCCUGUUUCAGUCCUGAUCUAGUCCUGGUCUAGUCCCGGUUCAGUCCUGUUUCAGUCCUGAUCUAGUCCCGGUUCAGUCCUGUUUCAGUCCUGGUCUAGUCCUGGUCUAGAUCAUGACGAUGUUGUUGUACAUCAGUAGAAUCACCAAAACUAGAUCAGAAACUGUUGCUAUAAAACCGUGUACGUCUUCUAAGAUUAAAAAAGUGAACAGUCCCCGGCCUUUUCCUCACGUUUCCACCAAACUCUUCCAGCGUGCACAUCAGAGUCACCACGUCACCAAAAGUCUGGAUCUGUGAAACCUGCUUCGAUGGACAGACACUUUACACUUUUUUGGAUCUUUUUGCCUUCACCACUGCCAAAGUUUGAACCAGAAGAACUGUCACUGUUUUUCACCUGCAAAACCGAGACUGGACCGGACCAGUCUGACCCAGUCCCAACCAUAUCGACGCUUCCUUUUUCUGUAACUGCUGAUUCAAUGCAAAUUCUAGGAUCAUUUUGUGAGUGUAAAAGUCUGAUUUUUGGGUGAUUUUUGUGAAUGAAGAAAAGGGAAUCUGUUGCCAAGUACUGUAUGAUGUUUGGUUUAUAAUGUGUUUUUAAUAAAUGUACAGGUAAAUGUCUAUUGCACAUAACUGCCACUGUAAACAUAGACAGCAGACUCAUGAAAACAGACAUUAAAGCCAAAUCAAAGCAGUUCAUCUUGAAAAUCAAAUCUUUUAAAGUUUUUAAAUUACACAAAAUUUAUUCUUGUGAGCUUUAAGUCCUGUUUUAACUCUGUGUCCUCCGCAAAAACAGACCUGGACUUGUGUUUUGUUUCAUUCACAUGUUUGAAUAACUCUUUAUUAUUAGUCUGUCUACAUCUCCAAAACUCAAAAUGCUCAGUUCCACCUUGUGAUGUCAUGAAGUGGUAGUUUUCAAGUGAACAGCUCCUUUUCCUUUAGCUCAGUAGAGACUGGAGUUUACAUCAGUCCUGGUUUAAUCCUGGUCUAGGCAAUUGGUCUAGUCCUGGUCCAGUCUUGAUCUAGUUUUGGUGUAGUCCUGGUUUAGUCCUGGUCUAGUCCUGGUCUAAUCCUGGUUUAGUCUUGGCCUACUCUUGGUCUAGUCCUGGUUUAGUUUAAAAACACAGUGGAGCACUUCCUGUAUCACCACAUGACAUCACAAAGUGGAACAGAGAGUUUUCAGUUUGACAGAAGAGUCUGCAGGAUUUGUGUGUUUAUGAUGAUGAACCUGCUCUGUACUUUCCUUCUGUUUGUCUCCAUGGAAUGUUCCGCUAUACAGCAUUCUUAUUUCAGGUGUAGGUGUUUUUAUUGGUAAAAACAAACAUUCUCUUUGUGAGCGGGAUCUCCUCUCCACAGAUCUGACUUGUUACUUGACUCUGUGGUGUGCUUGUGUUUAACAUCUUUAUGGAGACGAUCACUUUUUAAAUUUGAGUUGUUUUUUCGAGUUGAAUUUGUAUUUGUGUGUAGGUAUAGAUUCUUGUGUCCUGAAUCUUCAGUCUUGUGGAUACACCAGUGAACUGGUGAUGAGGAAUAGAAACUCUGUCUGGGUUUACUCAGAGUAUCCACGAUACUGUGGCCUGCAGAAGCAGGAUCCUGAGCUGUACUGAGCAUGUGCGAACUUAAAUAACAGGUACAGUUUGAGCGCCAACUUUCCCAAAACAACUCAAACUCCUACCAAGACUUUUAAGCCAUAAUAUUUUAUACUUUGGACACAACAAAAUCCAGGCACUCCAAAAAAGUGAAAGUCACACGAGGAAAAGUCUGGUUAAUAGACCUUUAUUUAAAUGGUCAAAACCAACUAUGACUGUUCCUCAUCAGGACUUCAUUCAAAAUUAAAGCAUGGACCAACCAACAGUGAGGACAGAUGUUUACUAGAGAAAGACAAGGCAGGUCUUUUUCAAUCAUAUUUUAUACUUAUAAACUAAAUAAAUAGUGUUUAAUACAGCCACAUUUGAACACCAGGCUCAGCUCUGUGUCUGUUUGUGUUGCUCUUCAACCAAACUGAUGCUGUGACACUGUUGUAUUUUUGGUGAGCUCCACAGUCUCAUGUUCUUACUUGAAUGUAUGUUUUCUUUUUUUGUUUUUAGAAACCCAUUAAAAAGCCUUAAAUUAGUAAAGUUGCUACAACCAGUCUAAAUGUCCAGGAUACUGAUUCCUUGUGUGGACAGGUGCAGAGUGUCCUGGUUUCUCUGAGCGCACAGAAGCACCAGCCAGAACACUGUCAGAACCAGGAUAAAACUCAGAACUGGGAUACGCACAAAAAAGAAAACAAACAUUCGAGUAAGAACGUGAGACUGUGGAGCUCUGUCACAACUUCAGGAAAAGUCACAGACAAAAAAUACAACAGUGUGUCACAGCAUCAGUUUGGUUCAAGAGCAACACAAAAUACCACAGAAGUGAGUCUUAAAAUGUGGCUGUAUAAAACAGUAGACUGCUUUAUUUAUAUAAUAUUAUUACUUGAAAAGUUCUGGUAGAAGUUUGAUUCAUUUUGGGAAAGUUGACACUCUUACUGUACCUGUUACUUGAGUUCGCACAUGCUCAGUACAACUACAGUUUUGAGAAAUCAGGAUACUGCAUCUACAGGCCCCAGUAUCCUGGAUACUUACAGGAAAACCCUGUGAGAGUUUCCUGGUUUUUCAUAACCGGGAUACUGGUGUGUCCAGGAGACUGUAGUCAGGACACAAAACCAGGAUACUCCAAAAACCUGAGACUCGAGCACAUAAACACCAUAUCCGGAAUACUGUCAUAACCAGGAUAACAUGGAAACUCGAGCUCUUGUAAACGCCCUCACUAAAAGCAGAAGUCCAAAAAUCUAGUCCUACUAACUAAAUCCAACAGUGAAAAGUGUAUCAAAUAAAAGUCGUUCUUCUCUUUCUUUAGUGCUCUGUUGUCCUCUGAGCUGCUGUCUAUGUCCUCACCACUCACAGUAUUUCAUUUCAUAAACUUGAUUUUGAUUUUUGUAUCUCAUUAGAAAAAAACACUCUUUUUCCGUGGACGCAUCCCGCAGCAGCAGUAGUUUGUCUCAGGAAGGCCUCAGGCUGGUCCCAUGUUACACUCACACACACAGGUCCACAUGUCUGAAUGUGAAGAUGUGGCUCAAAUGCAGUCCAAUCCUCUCUUUUUAUUUAUUCAGUUAAUUUAACUGUUGUGAUCAUUUUGUUGUUUUUUCAUGUGUUGUUGGUGCACUGGAGAGGAGCGUUUCCACUAUUCCAACAGUGUGUCAGUAAA